AUGUAAGGAACAUGGUAUGCUUUGCGACCGUUGUUGACCAUGCCCGUGACGACUGUCACUCUCUGGAGUUGUGUUUGUCGAUUCUGCAUUCAAGGAGGCUUAGUAGUGCAUGGAACUGGUCCCCCGAACGUCGACGGUUCUUCUGCUGCGAUGGUCACUUUUCAGGCUGAUACUGUAGUAAGCCAUGGCUAAGUCAAACAAUUACUUUGCCAAGUCCGCAGUUAUUGGCGCCACCUGGUUGUUUAGUUGAAGGCUUAGUUCUACGCUGUGAGCUGAUUCGCUGAUUGCAGAGUAACCACAUGUCCAUUGAGAUCGGACAGUCUUUACCAGAUCAUAUUGACACACCACACGUACCUUCAUAUUUAGAUAGUCAUCGAACGACGCCUGAUUACGAACGGUCUAAGGAGGAAGCAGAGAGGACGUAUCGCCAGCAGAGCCAAGUAGCGGGAACACCAUGCAAGCGAUGGCAAACCACACUACGGAUGCACCGUCGCUCUGCCUAGCGAAAACUGUUCGAUUUUUCUUCCCGGAGACUUUCAUAAUGUUUUCAAAUAACAGUACGUUCGAUGCUAGGCUCUCAUUUGAGAUGUCUCCUUUGGAACAGGUGGUGCGGUGUAUGCAGGUAUUCAUUGUUCCGAUACUCAGUAGUUUGGGGAUUCUCGGAUCUCUGUUCUGCUGUGUCGUGUUCUUGAAAACACGACUAAGGAAAAAGUUUUACUCUCACUUCCUUGUGUGCGUAUCAGCGUCAAGUGGGGGAUUCCUGUCCACUGUGAUGACCACAUGGCUCAAUGGUCAGGGCGUAGACGUGUACAAUGCCCCAGGAUUGUGCCAAAUAGUAGUGUUCUCAAGCCACUUCUUCCCACUGUUAACAUUUUGGAGUACCCUAAUCGGAGCCUACUUGAUUCUAUGGGAUUCUCUAAAACCAAGAAGCCUUGCCUGGAUGAAUAGUUCUAGCACAGCUAAGUGUAUUAUCGUUGCUAUGGCAAUUUGUGGAUUCACCAUGUAUUCGUACAAGACGUGGACAAACGGGACAGUAUCCGUACAGGGGUACAGGAUCUGCUCUGUGUUACCUGAGAACGAAGCUGCAAUGGCAGUGUUGAAUGUGCUUGAUAUUUUAUUUCUUCUGAUAGUACCAUCGGUUUUCUUCUUUGUGUUUGACAUGUUAUUCCUUAUUACCAAAAUGUCAGGUCGAUGUAAGAUUCAUAAAUCGCAAUGCUCCAAACGGCAUCGUGAAGUUAUGAAGCUUGUCCUCGCCCAUUCUAUUUGUUUCCAUAUCCUUGUCACACCAAGAGGUGUUUCGAUGCUGGCCUUCAUAGCAAAUCGGUGGAUAUACGGAGUAUUCCCAACAUUCAAUGAGAUUUUAACUCAGCAAGUGUUUCAAUUUUUAUUCUAUGCUUACUUUGCUGUUUUGCCUUAUUUGCCUUUGUUAAUGUCGGAAAAAUUCAGAUUUUAUUUCUUGCUUUUGUUAGGGUUAAGGCCUGCGAGACGGAGAUGUGGCCUGUAUCCAAUGCGGCGCCAGCCAUCCUUCCUUUGACCCAAGUCUGUGUUUUGACUUCUGUCUUUUCGCGUUGAUAAAGUGUCUCUGGUGCACACCCGUUCUAUGAGACUAGAGACGAAAGGGACAUUAGAGGACAUUUUUUACAGCAAUUAAUCACUGAAUUGUUUAGAUAUUCGUCUUCAAUUUUAUAUUCUACAUACUGUUCAAUAACUUUAAUAUUCCUCUGUCACUUUUUAAAUGUAUUAUGUGUGCCUUAUGUGGCUUGUCGACAAUCAUCAAUUCUCUGAAACUAAUGGUCUGUAAUCA